ACAGAAGCAAGGAUGCAGGUGAAAGUUCUGUCGCCGUGGUCACAGAUCUCUGCCGUAGUCAAAUUUCUGUCAUUUUUGCGCCUCACCACCGUGACCGCGCCCUGGGCGACUUCCUUUAUAGUUCGUUCUUAAUGGUAGAACCGGCCCUGGACAUCCUGAGAAGAUAAUAGACGAUUACUGCAAGGGGCUCGGAAAGGUCCUCUGCCCCGAGGCACGUGGUUGGCGGCCUUGGGUAGUCGACUACAGACGUUAUCUCUAAGCAUCGGACGCCGAAACCACAAGAGUGCAUGUCACGCUUGGUCGCUUUAGUGCGCGUGUACUGACAAAGUAUAGGCGACAGCUGAAGGAGUGAACUGUCGAGCGCCACACACACACCACCAUGACACAGGCAGAGCGAGGGUUGCGAGAAUCGUCCUUCACAAGCAAAAAUGGCAAGAAAAUAUUUUGUCGAUACUGGUGUGAAGAUCUGAAUAAACCAAGAGCACUGGUAUUCAUUUCUCAUGGUGCAGCUGAACACUGUCUGUAUUAUUCACCACUUGCCCUUCAGCUGAAAAAUGCAGGCUGCUAUGUCUUUGCUCAUGAUCAUGUGGGUCAUGGGCAGAGCGAGGGCGAUAGGGUCCAUGUGAAUGAUAUUCAUGAGUAUGUGGACGAUGUUUUUUAUCACCUGGAUAUGGUUUCAGAGAGGUUUCCAGACAUACCUAAGUUCAUCAUUGGACAUUCAAUGGGAGGUGCUAUAGCAAUAAUUGCCUUAAUAGAAAGACCUGACUUUGUUAAUGGGAUGGUGUUAAUUUCUCCUGCUGUAACUACAGACCCUGGGACUAUUUCACCUUUGAAGAUAUUUUUUGGCAAAAUUGUUGCCAAAAUCCUCCCUCAGACUCCAGUUUUGCACUUGGAUACCUCAAAUCUCUCUCGAGAUAAAGCAGUGAUGUUUCUAGCCUACCAGAUUGCUCGUUUGGUGCCACAGAUGGCUUUGGCAUGGAUGGACCCAUGGUUUAUCACACGAAACACCAUUCUGGUGCAGAAAUACCUUGAUGACCCUCUUGUGUAUCACGGAGGACUCAAGGCCAGGUGGGGUGCUUCUUUCCUUAAAUGGCUGCAGUGGAUUGAAUCCAAUAUGAGCAGAAUUGUGUGUCCACUGCUGGUCAUGCAUGGAACAGCUGACCGACUGACCACACCAGAAGGAUCUAAGAAGCUUGCCAAAUAUGCUGAGAGCAAAGACAAGACUCUUAAGAUCUAUGAAGGGUAUUACCACCAACUUCACUAUGAGCCAGAAGAAGAUGGAGCAGGUGUAAGAAGAGAGAUAAUAGAGUGGAUUUCAGCCAGAUGCAAAGCAGCUUAGCUGUGCCAGAAGUAUUCAAAUUCUACCUAGCUCUAAUUUGGUUUUCAUUAGUAACUAUACCAGUUGUGCAAAUGCCUAGGAACAGACAAAAGCUUUUCUUAUCAAGCUAUCUUUGUGUAUGAUAAUAUACUUAAAUAUAGUUUACUUGUAAAGUAGCUGUAAUGGGAAACAGGAGGGAAAAUCCCAACAAUUAUGAUGCUGACAGAAAAGGCAGAGAUGUUUGGUGAAUCUAAACUAUAAACUAUAAACUGCAGAGCUACCUAUGGUACAUUCAUAAUACUCAUUUGGCAAUAAAAGACAAGCUCUAGCUAUGCCAUUUACUCAGCACAUUAAUUUUUUUUCUAAGCUAGCACAUGUACUAAAAUUAUUUCAGGGAAAAUAUAUCCAAGACUAGCAGCAUGAGUUGAUCAGAAUUUCUUCUUCAAUUCUUUUGUUUUAUAUGACUGCAGAAUUUAACAUGUAUUUCUGAUACUGCUUGAGAUUCGUUUUAAUCAUGUUUUAUUUUCUUUCCCUGUUUGUGAGUGUGUGUGCACAUGCACAUGCCUACAAUCACACGUAUCAAACUGGUUAGUAUUUAUUCCUCUUCCCUCAGGCUCAGGUGCUCAAACUCCACAUUCAUCUGCUUCCCCAAAACUGUAUGUGGGUUAUUAAAAGUGCAUCUAUAUAUAUAUACACAUCAUAAAUUACUACAUUCCUUUUUCAAUUUCCCCACCAGUCCCAAGUAAACUCUCUUUUGGUAUUUGAAUUUCAGUAGAACUCCAAUUAUUAAUGUCUUUAAUAUUUACUUUAGGCUUAUUAAAAUACUUGCAAUUAUUGUUUGCUUGAUUUCUUUUCUCCAAAAAGUAUUUUAGUUUUAUUUUCUUAAAUGAAAAUGUCAGUUAUGUACACAAAAUUGUUGAUGCUGGAGGUAGUUUACAUUAAAUAAAUAUAAUAGGGAGUUUCAUGAGUUUACACCUACGUAAAAUGUAAUAGGGCUGAGGUACCAGCUUACCAACCUUGCUCAUGAAAUGUGCCUACUGUCUAUUUUGAUAUUUACUGAUGGUAUUUCAAAUUACAACAGUGUUAUCUGACACUAUUAUACAUAUAUGUAUAUAUAAUAUCUGACAAUAGAAAUAAUAAUUUCUUUUUCUCUCAAGUGCAUGUUUUCAUUCCUUUAUGCCAAAGAACUGACUACAUUGUUAUUAUAGAUGUGUUUAAUUGACAUUCCUAAAUAGCCGUGUGCUUAAUUUGUUCAUGAAUUUCACAAAGAACAUAGGAAGAAUCAAACAAACUUUUAAUGAUUAAAGUAAUCAUGCCACAAAAUUCUGGCAGAAAGGGAGAGAGGAUGAGCACUAUCCUCAUGUAAAGCUAGCCCUGAGAAAAGUGAAGUCUUUAACACAUCACUUCCCAACAACCUGAAAAAAGUUCAUGGGAGAGCCUUUACCUGCCACAAAUAUGCCAGGUUAACAUUUUGCGGUGUGCACUAUAUUUGUACUUUGUUAGAGAAUAAUUUAUUUUCUGAAAAUAAAUUAAUGAUUUGCACUGAU